AUGGGAGAUAUACAUAGUGGGCCAAACAGUGAGCUGCCAUUAGAAGCGGGUGCAAUCCCGAGAUCGGUGAAACAAAUCUUCGACACAUUGGAGGGCCAAAAGGCAGAGUAUAGUGUUAAAGUAACAUUUUUAGAACUGUAUAAUGAAGAAAUCACUAAUCUACUUGCUCCUGAAGAAAUAUCGAAAACUGGUAUUGAGGACAAACAGAAAAAACUCUUGCCUUUAAUGGAAGACGGUAAAGGUGGAGUUCUUGUUAGAGGUUUAGAAGAGGAGAUCGCGACGAGCGUAUGGAAAUUGAAUCAUUACUUAAAUUUGAGUGAUUUUGUUACGAAAAAAUAUGAACUUUAUGAAACACAAUAUUCCCUUCCCCAAACUACUCCAGCUACUACUACUGAUGUAUCAGUUAAAGAGGAGUACAGAGAAGAGACUCAUCCUCCAAAGGAUGUAACAAUCAAACAAGAAGAGAUAUAG